GAGAGAGAGAGAGAGGCUGUUAAAGCAGGUGAUGGGGUGGGGACAAAGUCAGGAAGACCACUGGUUCUUUUUCAGUUUUGAAGUCAUUUCCUCUUGAUCAGGCCAAUGAGCCUGUUAGUCUCUACUGCCAGAUGUUUUCUCUUUGCCUCUCAAGUCCCCCUGGAGGGGUGCCUUAGCUCUACUAUCCAAUGGCCUGGAUAUGUGGGGGUAGAUUAAAAUCUUGGUUUUUGUCAACCACCACAAUGUGCAGGAAUCCACCCUAUUUUUUUGACUCAGGGCUGAACUUUGUACUCUGCCUGGUUACUUACCUGAGCGGUUUUUUCCUAGGUAGGGGUCUUGCCCUGAUGCUUAGACUAUUUAGCUAGGCACUGUUGUUCUGCCUGUCUUUUCUCAGAGGUCCUCCUCAGGAAGGAGAUAACUAAGAGACAGGUCUCCUGCUAGUGACAGAGUAUGGUUCUGCUUUAGUUCUGUGUUACAUUUUGCCAAAAGGAAGGUCCUUUGUUGUAUCCCCUCGGUUGAAUUUCCUGAGCAAUAGCUUAGUUUGCAAUAAAAACUCCUUAGAUAUUAUCUCUGCCUCUGAGGAUCCUGUGGGGGAUGUUUCAUGUACCUCAUCAGUAUCUUCAGCCUGAUCUUCACCAUUGUUACUCUCCAGUAGUCCUAUAGCUUUGGGGUAUUUCAUCUUAUAGGUACAUGGAAGAUAUUCCCAGCAUUUGGUUUUUGGAUUCCUGCCAGUUCUCAGACUCAUAACUCACUAGUAGAGGUUAAUGGACCAAUGUGAUUUUCUGUGAUUCCAAACCUGAGAUAUUUGCAACAAUAUGUGUUUAUUGGGAAUGGAGAAUAGUAUACCUUCAUCUUUCCUCAAGGUGCUGUUGAUUUUUCCCACCGUCUGCUAUAAUAUGGUUAGAAGAAGCCUAGACUUCCAAGACAUCAUGUAGAAAAUUACAUUGGUCUAUUAUAUUGCUGAUAUCUUGCCAAAUGGACCUGAUGAACGAUAAGUAGAUAAUCUACUGUAAGCCUCAUGUGGCCCUGAGGAUUGGAGAGAAACCCUAUGGCUAUUUAGGAGCACGCACUUUUUAGUAUGUAGAGGUGCUUAGUGAUCUAGAGAAUACUAGAACAUUCCUUUUGAGUGAAAAGACUUUUUCAUCAUGGAAUAAUUUGGAAAAGGAAGCAUAACUUUUGGAUCCCUAAAGGGAGCAAUGAUUCACUUUGGAAUAGAUACACAAUCUGGGCAAGAAUUUGCCUUUCCUGCCUCAGGACCUUAGGCAGCACCACUAUCUAAAGGUGUAUUCAGUACUUAGUCUACAAAACAAAAUCCCCCAAAUAACAUCUUAUUAGACAAGGGGAGCUGCUUCAUAGCAAAGAAGGUGAAAAGGAUAGAAGACAGGCCAUGGAGCUUGCUGAAGCUGCCAGUUUGACUAAUUGAACAGUUUGAAAAUAUACUUGAAGAACCCUCUUAAAGGCAAUGUUAUGGAGAAGCCCAUGAGAACCCUGGAGGAGUUUUUCCCAAACUUAUAUGAAGAUGACAUCUGAUCAGCAUAAUGGGUAGACAGCAACAGAUGUUACCUACUGACUUAGAUAUAACAGACUGUGAAUCAUGAGAGAUGAAAUUGCAACAGCAGUUUUCUUUGUCACAAGAUUGGUGAAAAAACACGAAAAACUGAGUAAACAGCAAAUGGAGGUCUUCGCAGAAAAGCUGAUGACGGUCUUGUUUGAAAAAUACAGAGGCCACUGGUAUCCUGGAUGCCCUUCUAAAGGGCAAGCAUUCAGGUGUAUCAGGAUAAAUAAUCCAAAUAAAGAGCCCCUUUUAGAAAGAGCAUGUGCUGAGAGUAAUGUGAAUUUUUCUCACCUGGGACUUCCUAAGGAAAUGACCAUAUGGGUGGAUCCCUUCGAGGUCUGCUGUAGGUAUGGUGAGAAAAACCAUCCCUUUACAAUUGCUUCUUUUAAAGGCAGAUGGGAGAAAUGGGAACUGUCUCAACAAAUCAGUUAUGCUGUUAAUCGAGCCACAUUAGAUUACUCCUCUGGUACUUCCUCUGAUGAAGAAGGCGGUAGCAGGGAACCUCAGGCCAUUCCUAAAGUCAUCAACCCCAAGAGCAUCUAUCAGGUUGACAACUUCAAACAGUCCUUCCAACCUUCAUUCUUCAUCCCCUAUAGAAAGAGAAUGGUGGGCGGCAGUCUGGGCCUCCUGGCCAAUGUCUACCGUGCUGCCUAUAGGAACCCUAAGAGUCACAGGCCCGCUGCCGUGCACAGGGUAGACAGGUACCACUGGGUCAACACAAGUGAUAAUGCAGGGGCGGGGCAUGCACUGCGGCAGGCCAGAGGAGAGGCUCUGUGUGGCCUAAAACGAAAAUGAGUCUAAGGUUGAGAGGACUAUGAAACAGAAAAAAAAAUAACAUUCGAACAAGAAUGCAAAUAGUCCCCUCACACAGGUCAUGACUGUUUUUAGUUGUACUUUUAACUUGCGUACUUUUAUAUAAAGUUGAUGUGAUGCUACUAAAUGGCUCGGCAAGCUAACAGAAUGGAAAUAUUGACUUGUGAUAAAUUCAAUGAAUUAUGAAAAGUAACAGUUUUAAAUAAACGCACUGUGCUUUUAAUACCUUCCUAGA